GACGAAAAAAGAGUCAUCCUUUGUCAUAAUAGAUUCAAACCUUCUCUCCCUAAAGUGUACUGUACUCUCUCUCUGCAUAGUCCAUACAAGAAGAUUAUAAUCUACACUGUUCCUUUUGAGUUCAUCUUUAUGUAGUUUCGAAGCAAAAAAGCAAAUCCACUAUAAAAAACCCUAGCAAAUUCAGAUCACCGACGCUGAAAAUCUAAUCGGAAAAGCAUCCAGAUGGGGCAGCAGAAGGCGCUGAUCUACGCAUUUGUGGCACGUGGCAACGUAUUAUUGUCUGAAUAUACUGAUUUCAGCGGCAACUUUAACUCCAUAGCCUUUCAGUGCUUACAGAAACUUCCUGCUUCCAAUAACAAGUUCACUUAUAACUGUGAUGGCCAUACCUUCAAUUACCUCGUCGAUAAUGGCUUCACAUACUGUGUGGUUGCUGAAGAGUCUGUUGGAAGACAAGUUCCAAUUGCCUUUCUGGAGCGUGUUAAGGAUGACUUUGUGUCAAAAUAUGGCGGUGGGAAGGCUGCAACUGCUACUCCUAAUAGCCUUAACAAGGAAUUCGGACCUAAACUAAAGGAGCAUAUGCACUAUUGUGCUGACCAUCCUGAGGAGAUAAGUAAACUAGCCAAGGUGAAAGCCCAGGUUUCGGAAGUUAAGGGUGUUAUGAUGGAAAACAUUGAGAAGGUUCUUGAUCGUGGAGAAAAGAUAGAGCUGCUUGUUGAUAAGACAGAGAACCUUCACCAUCAGGCACAGGAUUUCCGGAAUACGGGGACACAAAUCAGAAGAAAAAUGUGGCUGCAAAACAUGAAGGUCAAACUCAUAGUAUUGGGUAUUCUGAUUGCUUUGAUCCUCAUCAUAGUUCUCUCAGUUUGUCAUGGGUUCAAUUGUGGAAAGUGAGCAUGUUUUUGUGUUCUAAUGCUACAUUUGUAUGAGAAAAGUUCAUGGUAUAUUGUCAUUAUUGAUGCAUUUGAUGAUAUAAAUGGCUUUGAAAAGAUACAAUGUUAUAUUCUAUAUGUAUAUUAGAUGGAAGAAUCAACAUUUGCAUAUA